GAAGAUUAUUUCGUUCCGUAUUCACCGAAAAAUAUCACGAACGAUCAAGAAACCAAACCCAAGAAAAGAACAUUUUGUAAGCAGGAGUUGAAAGUUGAAUACAUAAAAACUGGUAAAAAUAGUUUAAAUGUUAUUGUUAAUGAUCAUCGCUUUCAAAAAUAUCAGGAAAGGGGAAAUCGCAGUUAUUGGGAAUGCAGGUUCAGAAGGAAAUUGAAUUGCCUAGCAAAAGUUAUUAAAAUUGGAGACAAAAUUGUAGCAACAAAACCAAUCGAGCACAAUCAUUUAGUCAUCCUAGAUGUGAAAGCACAAGUGUUAACUAAAUUAGAGCAAAAAGCUCUAUUGGCUUUGAAAAAUGCCGGUUUGGGCAGUCACAUUGCACGCUUGUUGGAGCUUUUAGGAUUUAGACGAUUUCAAGACUUGGGAAGAAUUGAAACGAAUUAUGUGGAUUGGUUGCAGAAAGCUAUAAGAAACGGACUUGUUAAUAGAAAAUGUAACUUGGACAAUCCGAAACAACGUUUGAGAAUAUUUGGAUAUGAUUGUAAAUCUAUUGAAAAUUUCUCGUUUCUUUCUUUGGAUUACAUCAAACUCACUGAAGAUUUGCCAGCUAUUUAUAAGAAAAUGCAAAAAGGGAGAGACAGACAAGUUUAUUUUGUAGAAACCUCGCUUCAAAAAGCAUCAAAAAUUAAUACAAGUAAACGUUUAUGUCUGGAGAAAAGUUGCGCUUGCGAUAAUGAUGAAUGAAAUAAUAAAUAUCUUCAAGAAACUUAACUCGUCACAUCUUAAUUAGCCAAUCUGAUAUUUUAGAAAAUGAUUUAGGUGGACUUUCACAUUGAAGAUUCUCUUAUAAGUUGAAAUUAAAAAUAAAUUAAAUAAUUAAAAAAUUGUAGUAAAUUUAAAAUUU